ACCCUGUGGCCAAGGCGGUUCGUUGGAACCAGUUCCGGCCUUUAAACAAAACAAAAUCACCCACGAAAUAGUGCACGAAUAUUAAAUAUUACGCCGAAACAACUUGAUCGCACUAUGCAUACCCUGUACGCGCUGCUCAAGAACAAGCUGAGCGAUGUGCAUCCGCUGCACAACAUAGACCUGGAGCGGGAUGUGGCCUACCUGAAGGCGGUGGUGACCAAGGAGAUGCAGCUGCAGUUCGACGCCAGCGAACUGGAGAUCAUCCACCACGGACGCGUGCUGGAGGACGCGGACACGCUCAGCCGGACGGGACUGCAGCCCAACGCGGUUAUCCACUGCUUCCGGAAGGUCAAGCGCUACACGCCGUAUGUGCCGCCAGCGGCCACAGAGAUCAACACGAAGCACAUCCAGGAGCUCUUUUCGCUGACCUCGCACCUGCAGAUCAGCGUGACCUCGCGGUUCAACAUCCUUCAGAAGAUUCUCGCCGAGUAUCCGGAGUUCAGGCGCAAUCUGGGCGCCCAGGCUUUGAUCCGCGACUCUGUGCUGUUUAACAUGCUGCACGAGCCGGAGGUGGUCCAGAAUCUGGUCAAGGAUUACCCGCUCAUCUGCGAGGCGGCUCCUUUUAUUGUGGACACCAUUCGCAAGGAGCUGGCCAGGAAUAGCUCCGCCACGCAGUUUCAAGAACAGGCUGCCUCGGAGUCCACCACAUCCUCCGAGGAGGAGAACUCCCUGGGAGCAGGCAGCAGCAGCAGUGGUGGCAGCAGCAGCACCGCCGUGGCAGCUGCCGCGGCUGCCAAUCGACGCGAUGAGAUGGCCAACAUACGGCAGAUCAGCCGCCAGCAGCUGGCCAACGCUUUGGCCAAUGUGACCUCGUUCAACUCACUUUCGAGCAUUGCCCAGAGGAAUGCGGACGAGGCUCUGCAGGGCGAUGAGAGGCCCAGAACCACUUCGGCGCCACUAGCAGGAGGAUCGGCGGGAACGGUAACGGUAGCAGCAAGCAGCAGCGGCGGAGCCAGUGGCAGCAGCGGUUACAUCUCCUCGGAUCUUUUCCGCAAUGAGCUGGCCCGCGCUUUUCAAUCCCUGGCCCAGCAGCAACCACCGCCUGUGGAGAACAUGGAGGUGGAGUCCGGGGGAGGAGCACCUAUCCCAGAGCCAGUAGCCCCAGCAGCUCCUGCCGACGAUGUGGAUGACGAGGACGACGGCGGAGAUGACAGCGAUGUGCUGCCCCGCUGCUAUCGCCGACAUCGGUUCACCGAACAACUGCGCACCAUGGCCGCCAUGGGCUUCAUUAACCACACCCAAAACGUCAGCUACUUGGAGAUUUCCGAUGGCAAUGUGGAGCACGCCAUCAACCUACUGAUGCUGGGCAUGAACUGAAAGGGAUGGGGAUUGACUAACUUUACGGACUUAUAUUUAUUCUGCUGCUGAGGAUUCUGAAGCAUUCAACUCCCAACUUAAGCAAGGAAUAUCUCACGAGAACUUGUAAUAAUUAAAAAUACAUUUAGAGGAGUAAA